UGCACCUCAUUGUGCUUGGUGCACUGGGAUAAGAACGGCAGGUGAAUGCGCGGGGUUGACGCAGAAGAUCCUGCGCGGUUUUGGACCCUUUGCUAAUGAGAGUCAUUACCCAACUGCACUGUUUCCUCAGCAUGCUCUUUCACUGUAGUUUGUUUCAUCAUAUGUAAGCGUGUUUCUGGCGAACGGGUUAGUCGAUUAUCAUACGUUGCGUAAAAGCCUUGGCGCACGCGCUUCAUCAAACUGGAGACGUUUCAACGUUAAGUCGCUUCUUAAUAGUAGUACUACCAAAUUGCUGCAGUUGGACUGGCAGCGUGGGCGCUGGGCCCAGAGGGAGCGCCGCGACUUUGCGGUGACAGCGGGCAGCUGCGAGCCUGCCAAAAUGUGGCUCUUCGGUUGCUGCUAACCCGGGCAUAUAAGCCCUCAACAUCGGGUCGGUGCACUUUGAGAGGCGACGCAUGGCCUUGCGCAGAGCUUGGCCUUGUCAAGCCCCGGGCGCGCGGCUUCUGCUCGGUUGCGUUGCGCUGCUGUGCCUCGCAGUCGCAGUGCCGGCCGUCGAUGAACUGCAGUCCGGCAUAAUUGUCAAUCAGAACUGCAGCACCGUUGAUAGCGCGGUAACAGCCGCGCUGCAGGGCCUAACAGAUGAGGCCUCGGUCUGGCACCUCGGCUCGGGCUGCAGCCGACUGGAGGAAAACUUCGUUUGCAGCCCAAUCAAUCGCUCCAUUGCCAUUGAAGGCGCGCCGGACGGAUGCUCGGUCUGGGACACCGAGUUUGACCUGUACCAGUUCUCAGCCGAACCAGGUGUGACGGUGACCAUCCGCAACCUAACGCUGGCGCGCGCGCUGGUGUUCACGGUGGGCUAUGGCAACAUGCAGCCCAGCCUGCUGCACAUGCGGCCGGGCAGCCGGCUGGUGCUUCAGAACGUGGUGGUGCGGACGCUGUGCUCCACAGUGCGCUUCUACUACGCGGCGCUGGACGAGAGCGUGCGGGAGGCGCUGGAGCCGCUGGCGAACAGCAGCACCCCGCAGCCGCAGCCGCAGGCGUUCGUGGUGCCCUCGUUGGCGGUGGGCGGGCUGGUGAUGGAGAACGUGACCUUCACCUGCGACGCCGGCACCAGCCUGCCCACCAACAGUGACCUGGUGGUGCACGGCGCGGCCAUGCUCAGCUCCUUUGUGGCCGCCACCUCCAGCCUCACGCUGCCCGCAACCAUCCACCUGGCGGAAAACAUCACGCUGCCCGGCAUUGCCGCGCCCUACAACCCUGACGCACCCGACGCGCGCGUGGGCGUGAUCACCGCGGACACCACCAUUGAGUCAAUGGACGACGCCACCGGCGGCGCGCCCAGCUCGGAGCUGUUGUUCAUUGACGCCAACCACACGGCGGCAUGGAUGUUUGUGCAGCCGCCGGCACGGCUGACGCUGCGGCGGCUGGUGCCGACGCGGCUGCGCACCAACAUCUGGUCGCCGGGCGUCAUGGACGGCGUGCUGGCGGGCGCCACGCCCUUGUUCAUGGUGCAGGCGCCGGGCGCGGGCGCGGGCGCGACGCCGCAGCAGGCGCCGGGGCGGCUGUUCGUGGACGUGGUGCUGGUGGUGCCGGCGUACGAGGUGGCACAGGUGUCCUACUGGUGCGUCAUGGUAGGCAUCAUGGUGCCUGAGCUCACCUGGGCCGCCGACUUCUUGCGCAGCCUGGUGUGGCAGAGCGACUGCGACGUGCUUGGGCGCGACGCCGUGUUCUUCCGCCGCGUGCGCACCACCGCCACCAGCUACACGCGCGUGCGGCUGACCAGCGUGGCGCCGCCGGGCGUGCCGUCCGAUCCCGCGGACGCGCCGCCGCCUCCGGGCGCGUCCGCCUACCCGCACGUCACGCCGCCGCUGCACUUCGCGUCGACCGUGGCGGAGCUGGCGGAGGCGAUGGCGCCGCUGCAGCCGCAGGACUACCUGGCCAGUCCGCCGCCCGGUCGCAGUAGCGGCCGCAGUAGCAGCGGCAGCAGCAACGCUAGCAGCAUCACCACCACGGGCCACGCCGCGCAGCUGCCGGUGGUGGUGCUGGUGAACGGCAGCCUGUCACUCACGGCGGCGGCGCUGCGCGCGCCCGGCGGCGGGCCGCGCGUGAUUCGGCGCAGUGUGCUCAUCACGCCCAUGCGCCGCGGCUGCAGCGGCAGCGCCGCCACGCCCACUCCCACCGGCGACCCGCCGCCGUGCACCCCGGCCAUCAUUGACCUGGGCAACGUGAUGGACGGGCUCACCGGGUUGGAGCGAAGUGGGGAAGACACCUCCACGCGUCCGCCCAGCUCCAUUCCGGAGGUGGGCGAGGGCGGCGAGCUCGAAGGCGACGACGACGACGCCGCACGGGCGGCGGCGGCGGAGGUGCGGCGCAGCAGCGGUGCGGCGGCUGGGCCGAGGACGUCUUCGCGAGCCAGCUCCGUCCCUAGCGGCAGCACCCCGGGCAUGCUUCGCAGCAUGAGCGCCGCGCGUGGGCGCUUCGCGGCCCGCUCCACCACGGCCGCGGCCGCAGCCAGCGCCGGCGGCCGCACCAGCAAUGCCUGCGACGAGGGCUUGUCGGAGUUGCCCACCACAACCCGCUCCUUGGCGAGCGACCACAGCAGCGGCUUUGUGUCGCUGGAGGCGGGGAGCAGCGUCAUGACGGACACGCUGCAGUCGGGCGUGGGCGGCGUGGUGCCGGGUCUGCUGGACCCGCCGACGCAAGAGGGGCCGGCCACGACCGGUAGCAUCGGCGGCGGCGGCCGGGCGGGCAUGGCGCCGCUGCGCACGCGCCGGAGAGGCGGCGGCGGUGGCGGCAGCGGUGGCAUCGGCGUUCCGUCGACGCCAGGCAGCGGCGGCGUGCGCGUCGGCAGCCGACAGUUGGUCGCCGGCCUGGGCGGGUCAAGUGCCGGCGGCAGCGGCGAUGCUUCUGUUGGCGUCAUGGUCGGCGGUGCAACACCGCGCUCUAGUAGCAGCGGCCUUGGCAGCGGCAGCCGGCCGUCAGCCGCAGAGCAGCUGCCGGCAGCGCCCAAGUCGACUGGAGCGAUCUGCAGCCCAGGCAUGGCCGUCAAAACCGGAAAGCGCGCGUCGGACACCAGUGGCGGCGGCGGCAGUGCGACCGGGCUGCUGCCGGUGCCGCAGCCCGCGCUGCUCAUGUCGCCGGCCGACAGUGGGAUGCUGGGGCCAGGCAGCAGCGGCGGCAGCGGCCGCCACCACGCCGGCGGCGCCGCAUCAGCCGGCGCCGGGCGCGUGGCGCGGUCCGCUUAUCGUGUACAAAACACGCAAACCCGACACACGCACCAACCCUUGGGCGGGAACAACCGCCGCGAAUCUUCGCACCCGGCACUUCUCAUGGGCGGUGCCGCCACCGUCACCGCCCCGGGUGCCGGCGCGCGCGCGGCCUCCGGCGGCGCCUGCGGCGGCGGCAACGGCGAGCUGUGCGACCCGAUGAUGAGCAGCACGCAGCUGACGACGCAGACGUUUGGCGGCGGCGGUGGCGGCGGCGGCGGGCUGCACUCCAGCAGCCCCUUCAUAGACGUCGACGGCAGCUCGCCGGGCUACUCUGCGCCCAUGGGUAAUGUCGGGCCGAUGUCCGCCGCCACCGCGGCCGCCAUGGCGCUGUCGGCGGGUGGCACCGGAGCGGGCAUGGGCAUGAGCUCGGCGGAGCCGGCCAGCGAGGUGGCUAGGCUGAUCAGCGAGCUGGCGGGCCACACGGCGGAGCAGCUGGUGAUUCUGGAGCCCAUCGGCCAAGGCGGGUACGGCACCGUGUACAAGGGCCUGUGGCGCAACCUGGACGUGGCUGUGAAGACGGUGCUGUUCCAGGACCGUCAGGCCAACGUGACCACGCCCGCCGGCACCCCGGGGCUGGGCAGCCAGUCGACGUUGCUGUGCAGCCACACGCAGCCGCACGUGGUCACCACCGGCACCGCGCCCACCACCGUCAUCGAGGAGGAGGACCUGGAGGACGCCGAGCUGGGGCCGGAGGACCACGAACACCACCACCGCGAACACCACCACGAACACCACCAGCAGGGGCACGAACACGGCUACGGGGCAGGCGGCAGCCGCCGCGCCAGCGCGGAGCUGCAGCGGCCGCCCUCGCGCGCGGCCAGCACCGGCACGCCCACACACGCCUCGCUGGCGCACUUCGCGGCGGGCGGGCACUGCGACCGCAACAGCGCCAGCGUGCCACUGCACCGCGUGACUGGAGCCGGCGCGCCGCCCAGCUCGCGCGCGGCCUCGUCCCAGUCGGUGCAUUGCGGCUUCCUGAGCCCGAGCACCGGCGGCACGGCGUUUGGUGGCAUCGGCGGCGGCAGCGCGCACGGCGGCAGCGCGCACGGUGGCAGCGCGCACGGCGGCAGCGGCACCCUGCCCGUCAUCAAUGUUUCGAUCUCGCACAUGCACCACCCGGGCACGCAGCACCGCGGCGCGCCGCACAACACGCCAGUGGCGGGCGCCGCCGCCGCGCCGCCGCCGCUGGGCGCGGGCGUGGCGAGCCAGCAGCGCGCCGUGCUGGAGGCGGCCGUGAGUUGCAGCGUCACGCACCCCAACGUCGUGGCCACCUACCACUACGACAUCACGCCCAUCCGGUCCGCCGCGGUGGUGUGCAGCGGCGGGCUGCAGGUGGCGGACGCGCAGGCCGCCAGCCGCGCCGCCAUGGCGGCGGGCGGCGGCGUCACGGACUGGAAGCUGUAUCUGGUGCAGGAGUUUUGCGAUGCCGGCUCGUUGGCCAGCGCGCUGGACCGGCGGCUGUUCCACGACGCCACCACCAUGCCCAACCUGGCGCUCACGCUGUGCGUGCUGGCCGACAUUGCGCGCGGCAUGGCGCACAUUCACACACGCUCCAUCGUGCACGGCGACCUCAACCCCACCAACAUCCUGCUGCGCUCCAUGGGAGCCGCAGCCGGAGGCGCCGGCGGCGGGGCUGCCGGCGGCGCCGGGGGCGGCAGCGGCGCGGGGCAGCUGCCGCGCGCGCCCACCAGCGGCUCGGCACUGGGCAACGGCCCGGGCGGCUGCAACAGCGGCUGCGCGACGCCGGGCGGCAGCAACGCCGGCGCGGCGGGCGGCGGUCCGCCCGGGGCUAACCAGCUGCGGGCAGACCUGGGCGUGGGGCUGGUGGCCAAGGUGGCCGACUUCGGGCUGUGCGGCAUGCUGGCUCCCGGCAAGCGCCACAUCAGCAACGCGCUACGCGGCACGCCCUUCUACACCUCGCCCGAGACCGUGGCCACGGGCACGCUGACCAAGGCCUCAGACGUGUAUUCGUUCGGCGUGAUCGCGUGGGAGGUGUACACCGGCCGCCCGCCCUUCACACACAGCCCGGAGCGGGGCUUCGUGCGCGACGACGUCUUCCCGCGCCUUCCGCCACACGUGCCGCCAACCUUUGCCAACCUCACGCUCGCCUGCCUCAGCGCCGACCCCGACCAGCGCCCCACGUUCGACCAGAUCCUGGACCGCAUCGUGCAGCUGCAGUCCAAGCUGGCUCAGAGCCUGCAGCAGCGCCUGUCGCGCCUGGUCGCCAGCCACGGCGCACAGCCCGGCCUCGGACCUAGUGCGCUCGUAGCCGCGGCGAGCGCCAGCGGCGGCCCCGGCAGCUUCGGCGCCAGCGGGGCCGGAGGCAGUGGGCUCAUGGCGCCUGCGGGCGCCAUGUCUCCUGGAGGCGGCAGUGCAAUUACGCCCGGCAGCGCUGCAGGCCUGCUUGCCGGGGGCGGCCCGGUCGGCAUGGGGGGCUCGGGCCAGUACACGCCGCUGUUCGGCCCCAGCAUCUACACCGGUGCCAACGGCGGCGUCGUGGGCGGCGGCGCCUGGAUGACCACCACCAGCGGCUUUGGUGGAGGCGGAGGCGGAGGCCUUAUGGGCGGCACAGGUGGGGCCGGCGGCGCGGGCGCGAUGUUCUCCACGAACAGCUACGGCUACGCGCAGGCCGGCGGCGCCUACGGCGGGAACGACGGCGGCAGAAAUGGCGGCAGCAACAACUCGAUCGGCACAAUUGGCGCCGGCGGUUUUGUUGGCGCCGGCGGCGGCUUUGGCCUGCCGCUGAACGCCGCGACGGCCCUGCCCUUGCAUGUCUCGCCGCCAAUGCCUGGCAGCCACGUCGCGGGUGCGAGCAUGGGUGCCGGAGGCACGGGCACUAGCGGCCUUGGUGGUGGCAGCGGCGGCGGCAACCUUGGCAUGGGCCUGGCAGGCUUCCCGACGUACUCGGCCAACGCAGGAAUGCUGGGAGUGCCCACGGUCUUUCCGCACGUGCACCAGCACCAGCAGCAAUACCAGAAGCACCCGCACCAGCAGGCCGCGUCUGCAGGCAACGCGAUGUUCGGAGCUGCGGGUGGGAGCGGCGUCCUGGGCGGCAUGAGCGCGGUGCAGGCGGCGCCGCUGAGUGGCUCCGCCGCAGCAUCGCCCGCGCUUGCCGCCACGGGAGGCGCAGGCGUAAAGGGCCACAAUGGGGGGCCGCAGGCUGGCACGGCUGCUGGCAGGCCCUAAUUGGUCACGUUUUUGGUGUGCGGACAUGGCAUGACGCGCGUCCGGCUGUUUGCCAGUCGUGUUGUGAGAGGGUACGCCUGCUAGGUGGGGCUCACACACACACACCUCUGGCGUGUCACGCUGGCGUGCCGACCCACACAUCCGCGCGUGCCUUGCUAGGCCAGUCCUGCAGCCUGCCUCGGGAACUAUGGGGACAAGGGAGUUAUGCUGUUAUUACGUAGGACCGUUGGCGCGCGACCUAUCGUCGUCGUGCCUUUGCAUGCAUGGUAUGGCAGGAGGAAGUUGCUUCAGCGCAAUGCGAGCAUUGCAAAGAGUUGUGCGGUGUCUCAGGGCCCGUUAGUAUCAUACGGAGGCCCGCUUACUUGCACAGCGUGUGCCGGUAUCUGGGAAUGCAUGCGUUUGGGUGCAUGUGCAGGUCUGUUUGGUGUUGUUCUUUGUGACGCGUCGUGUCGUUGGCGGGCCGGCGUGAACUUAGGUGCGCCAUAACUAGAGAGACCCGUAGCUGGCUACCGCGGACACGGUCAAGGAGGAGGCCAUUGUGGCAGCAUUAGGCCGCCCGUUCGAGCUGGACUAGACUGCGCAAUCUGCAUCUCUAAGAAGCGUACUCAAUGCAUCACACCGCCUGUAUGGAUCGCGGCGCAUCAGUGCGCCUCAUACUCGAGAACACCGCUGCACCCCCACAUGCUCCAUGAGCACCGACGCUGCCGGAGGAGAGGCUGGUGGUUUCUCCAUUCCGUCAUGCAGCGCGGCGGUAGGUAGGCCCGCUGAUGAGUCACAAGUUGAGAAUAAUAAGUGGCUGUGUUUGCGGUCCACGUUGGCGCGCAGCUUUCCACAGCCUCUGCGAGUACGCGAGGAGAAUGGCACGCUGUGUGCAUGAUGGUGGUCCUUGGUUCUUUCCUGCCAGCUCUUGGAAGGGGAUACCGCCUACCUUAUUACGCCAGUGUGCUUUGCGCUGGUGGGGUGUUGCAGUGCCCGAGAGUUGUUUCUUUUAUACGAUUGUGUCUGCUCUGCACUUGCCUUUGCGCCUGCCGACGUUGAGAAAGCUUAAAACGGAAGCGGGAGAUGAACGAACGAUACUAUUACGGCAACUGCGCAGAUGUAUGCUGCAGCAGACGACAUAAGGGAGACCUACCACACCUGGUAGCUGCGACUGCAAGCAUGCAAGGGACCCAGGUUGCACCGCCGACAUAUCCGGCUCUCCAUGGCCUCUUGAAGUUGGAUCGGGACGAAGACACGAAGAGCCCAUGCUUCCUGGUGUGUUGUGAGUGAGGACUGGUUUUCUUGUCAGGGUGGCGUCUGCCUGCAAGCACUGCACGUGCGAGAAGGGGGCCGGAACGUACAUUCUUUUGGUGAUGGGGCAGUGCCUAAAGAAAGGCGCCCCCAGCCUGUGCAGAAGAAAGCGCGAUGAGUGCAUCGCAACCGUGCAAGGGAGUGAGGACGUCAUGUAGAUUUGGAGGUCGCCUUAACGCCAGCUCAGCGCGGGCAGGCGGACGAAGCAGCCGUUGCAAGUAGUGUGUGGGCUGAAAGAAUGCAAAGCCGAGGUCCUGGUUGAGUGGUGGUGGUACAGGUGUUCAAGUGUAGGAGCGUGUGCUUGCUUUUCCCAGAUAUGUUUGUUACCUGGUGUUUCAAGAAGGUUAACUCGCGCCAAGCCGCACCUGGAGGUUGUUUACUACUGAGUGUGCAUGCUUUUGGGGUGUUAGGCGAACACGUUGACGGCCAGGGGAGCCCUGUUGACGGCGUUGGCGACAGACACGUAUUGGACCGCCGUGGACAGGCCUUGUGGGUCUUGGGGUCCUGACGGAUCCAAGGCUUGCUUGUGUGUAAGGCACACACGUG